AUGAGUAAGUUGCAAACCGAGGUCCUCAAGGACGCAAUCUCCCAGGUCGCUGCGGAGGCUAGGGAGAAGAACAGGAAUUUCACAGAGACCAUCGAGCUCAAGAUUGGACUAAAGAACUAUGAUCCGCAAAAGGACAAGCGUUUCAGUGGCUCCGUUAAGUUGCCCCACAUCCCUCGCCCAAUGAUGAAGGUUUGCAUGCUUGGCGAUGCGCAACAUGUGGAGGAGGCUGAGAAGAUCGAUCUUGAUUACAUGGAUGUUGAAUCUCUCAAGAGGAUGAACAAGAACAAGAAGCUUGUCAAGAAGCUUGCCAAGAACAUAGUUGGCAAGUUCCCCACUUUGGUUACUCACCAGGACUCUCGGGAAUCAAAAGUAAAUGAGACGAAAGCUACAAUCAAGUUCCAGCUCAAGAAGGUUCUGUGCAUGGGCGUCGCAGUGGGCAACCUGUCGAUGGAGGAGAAGCAGAUCCAGCAAAACAUCCAGAUGAGCGUCAAAUUCCUGGUUUCGUCGCUGAAGAAGAACUGGCAGAACGUACGGUGCCUGUACAUCAAGAGCACGAUGGGGAAGCCAAACAGAGUGUUCUGA